CUCUCGGAUCGGUCACGAAUGUUCGCUGGGGUGAUGAUGAUGUAAAUAAUUCUGUUCAACUUAAAAGAUCUAUUGAAGAUUUACAGCAAAUGCUCAUUAAUUUUACCACAUUAAAAGGAAAAAAAUAUGGAAUAAAGAUUAAUGAAACGGAAGGAGCGAAUCUUUUAACACGUUACAAUUGUCGUACUGCCAUAAAUCAUAAAAACGCAAAAAAGAUUUUAAGUGCCGCGCUACAACGUCUUACCUUGGAGACAUUAUUCAAUGAAAUUGAACAAUAUUUUAAGCAAAAAACAAAAUCAUCAAAGGAUCAAACAAGUACCACUCCGACUAGCACCACUACUACUUCUAAUAAUAACAAUAGUGGAUCUGGUGACUUGAAACCAAAAGAUCCCGUAGAUGAUGUUGAGAGAGAUAUCAUAGCGUAUACUUAUCGUUUAAACUAUUAUAUUGACAAAUUCCGUAAUCAUCGUCAAGGAACUGAUGACCUUACUCGAAUUACGCCAAUAAAAAUUCGCCAGCAGGUUUAUGCAAUUUUGGGAAUACGCGGUUUCAUCAAAAAACAUGAAGCAAUCCCCUCAACAAAAUCUUCAAAUGAUGAUAAUAAUGAAGCAAUCGAAUCACCUCCAACCAGCAAUGAACAUUCUCAUUAUUUCAUUGAUUCACUAGUUAAGAAAUGUCUGAACAUAAUGGCGAUGCAUCGAGAAAUCAAAUAUGAUGCGAAAAUGGAACAGCAGUAUCGUGAGGAAACGGAGGCGAUGGUCAUCGAGGUGGUCCAUCUCUAUUUACGUUUGCAUACACAAGAACCAAUUCCAGAAUUUCGAAAAUUCUUCUCUAGCGGAGAAGAAAUCCAUGCGUCUCUAAUGAGUGGGCCAGAGGUUGCUGACGAUGAUUCCGGUGAACAGGUAGUAGAAAUCUGCUCGUUUCCAUUAAUCGCUACUCAAGGGAAUAAAGUGUUGUGUAAAGCUCAAGUGGAGACAAGACCUGUUAGUACAUCAUUUUGGAAAAAGUAG